AUUUUAAGGCGUCAGUUGCCGUUGUGGUGGCCGCCGUUUCAGACGUUUCGUAGCGCUCCCGUGACUACUCAAGAUGCCGGUGCUAUCUGUACCGUUCCCUGCGGAUAUAAUGAACGCGGUGCCCACGCUGGGAGGCAUUCCUGUGCGUAUCGCAAUCGCCUUCAGGGAUGUGCCCGCUCCUGAGGAACCACUCCAUCUCACUGUCGAAGUGCGGCAACAGGUGGCUGAGAUACUCCGCGAUGCGAACUGCGUCACCCGCCCAGAGAGGGCCGCUAUUGUUAAGUUCGUCGCCGGCAAUAGGAGCAACCCAUGCCCUGGUUACGGCAACGUGGGCUCUAUCAAGUUGUCUUCGAACAUCCGUAAUUAUAGACAGGAUGAUAACACCACCAUCCAGCUGAUUGAAGAGGAGCACUUCGAGAUGAACUUCCAAACCGGCUACUGGCGAUGCAUCAAGAGGCACCGCCGCGCGGAGUAGACUCCGAAAGGCCCAACGUCAUGUCCCUUAUAACCUGACCUAUUUAUCCCCUAUCCCCUGACAAUGACGUAAUAAAUAUCUAGUCACCCUUAUAAAUGUAUUUCAUUUAAUAAACUUAGUGUUUAAUAUAAUAAACAAUAAAUA